UCUGCAGUGCAGGGAACCGGAGACUCAACGGAAACCCGGAAACCAACCCCGAAAAGGACCCAAUCCAACCCGACGUAACCCCACUAAGGGCUCCGUCGUUGCUUGCUCGUUCGAUUUCUUCUCCGCCUCCCGCACCGACGUCGACGCCCCGCCUCUCUUCCCUUCCCUCGCUCCUUCGACGGUGGUCGGAGCCUCGAGGUGUUAAACCGGGGUAUUCUGAAGAAGGGCACCUGCACAAUCUGGUGUCAUCAUGACAUCGCAGGUAUCCCCAUCACAGGGCGCAGGCGGCAGCGACGUCGAGGACGAGGAUGUUGAGCUGCUGUCGGUUAAUUGGAACCAGGACCAUAGUUGCUUCAGUGCUGCCACAACCAAUGACCUCAGGAUGUUUAGUUGCAAACCAUUCAAAGAGGAAUUAAGGAGGGUUUACAAGGACGGCGGGUUUCAAAUUGUCGAGAUGCUGUUCCGUACCAGCAUAUUUGGCCUUGUGGAUCAGGGAUCCGACAAGCAGCAUCAGCAAAACAAACUCACCAUCUGGGAUGAUCUCCGUAACCUUCUCAUUGGUGACUUCUCAUUCAAGUCCAACAUCCGAGCCGUCAAAUUGUCCAAGGACUACUUUGUGGUUGCUCUCGAGCACAAGAUACAUGUUUACAGUUUUAAGACUCUGAAGCUCAUCCAUCUGAUCGAUACCACGUCCAACCCGAAAGGAUUGUGCUGCCUCUCGCAUCAUGCAGACACUUCAGUGAUGGCCUGCCCUGGGACGCACCAAGGAAUUGUUCGGGUUGAGCAUUUUGGGUUGAAGGAGACCAAGUUCAUCACUGCUCAUGACUCCAACAUUUCAUGCAUGACACUCACCGUGGAUGGGCUCCUCUUGGCAACAGCCAGUGUUAGGGGUACUUUGAUCAGAAUAUUCAACACGAUGGACGGCGCUUGUCUGCAGGAGGUGCGCAGAGGAGUAGACAAAGCUGAGAUAUAUAGCAUUGCACUAUCACCAAACCUGCAGUGGUUGGCAGUGUCUAGUGACAAAGGCACAAUGCAUAUUUUCAGCUUGAGAGUGAGACCUAGAGGGAAAGAUGCAAGUAACGGGCAAUCUGCAAUUGCUGGUCGACAAAUGGAUCGUAGUUACUCAUCCAGUUCUGUUGGAUCCAAUGCGAGCUCAUCCUUGUCUUUCAUGAAAGGGAUUCUCCCCAAAUAUUUCAGUUCAGAGUGGUCAUUUGCUCAGUUCCGUUUACCCGAAGUCACACGCUAUAUUACAGCAUUUGGAGAUCAAACCACUGUGAUGAUGAUUGGUCUGGAUGGCAGUUUCUACAGGUGCAGCUUUGACCCUGUAAAUGGCGGGAAGAUGGUGCUGGAUGAAUUCAUCCGGUUUAUGAAACCCAGCAUGUCCCGUUCCAGGAGUCCAAGCGCCUGAGCAGCUGAGCUUCAUGGCAACGGCGAUCAUGUCAUUCUCUAACUACAUGUACAUAUAAGAUUUCACCAAGUCCGCCAUGUGUAUAUAGUCGCGGGUUAAGGAGAAGUGGGCAUUCAGCGCCAUCUUUUCCCUUUAAGGCUGGUUCCAUGUAUGUUUUUGUUGACAAAUCUUUGGCGUCGCGUUGCCGACGAUGAUCAAAUCCUUUGGUUUUCGGAAACCAUGGUCCAGUUCGUGCUACACAUCAGCCCAGCAAGGUUGCAACUUUGUCACGCUCUUCAAGAUGAUGGUCAGACUGUUGAUUUGCCUCGGAUUUGUAAUCCCUUAUCUUUUGAACCUCGGCAUUUGGUUUCUCUUGUGCUGACAAUGACAUACAAAGCAUCAGUUCUGGUGGUUUUCCACGACAUUUGCUAAGAUUUUCAAUCCAAGGGUACAAAGCUUGCAAAA